AUGAAAGCUCAGGCAGCCAGUUUGCCAUUUACACCAAUCUACGCAGCCAUGGCUGCGAUUGUCAAUACGAAAUUACCACAAGUUGGGCAGUUGUUGCUGAGCCGACUGAUUAUCCAAUUCCGCAAGGCGUUCAAAAGAAACGACAAAGCGGUCUGUAUAUCUUCGACAACCUUCAUCGCCCACCUAUGCAAUCAUCAGGUUGCCCAUGAGAUCAUCGCCGCAGAGAUUCUAUUCCGCCUGCUUCAUAAACCCACGGACGAUAGCGUGGAGGUGGCAGUUGGUCUGACUAGGGAGGUUGGCCAACACCUAGAGGAAAUGAAUCAAGCCAUUGCUCUCGCGGUAUUCGACCAGUUCAGGCAUAUCCUCCACGAAGCCGACAUUGAUAAGCGCGUCCAGUAUAUGAUUGAAGUUUUAUUCCAGGUCCGAAAAGACCGUUUUAAAGAUAACCCUGCCGUCAAGGAAGAACUCGACUUGGUGGAAGAAGAGGAUCAGGUUACGCAUUACAUUAGUCUGGACGAUGCCCUUGAAGUUCAGGACGGCCUUAACGUUUUCAAAUUUGACCCGGAGUGGGAGGAACACGAGACGGCAUAUAAAAAGCUCAAGGCUGAAAUCCUAGGUGAAGGAAGCGAUGAGGAAGACGAAGAUGGCUCUGAUGAAUCAUCGGACGAAGACGAAGAGAAUGAGGAGGAGCGCCAACUGGAUAUUAAGGACCAGACCAACACAGAUCUAGUCAACCUUCGACGAACAAUCUACCUUACUAUCAUGUCUAGUAUCGAUUUCGAAGAAUGCUGCCACAAGCUGAUGAAAAUCAAUUUACCGCCUGGUCAAGAGUCUGAGCUGCCGUCUAUGAUUAUCGAAUGUUGUUCACAGGAGCGGACGUAUUCUAAGUUCUACGGCCUUAUUGGCGAACGCUUUGCGAAGCUCAAUCGUCUCUGGUGUGAUCUUUUUGAAGCCGCAUUUGCAAAGUAUUACGACACGAUUCAUCGCUACGAAACAAAUCGCUUGAGAAAUAUUGCUAGAUUCUUUGGGCAUAUGCUUAGUUCGGAUGCAAUCGGGUGGCACGUUCUCUCCAUUGUCCAUCUGAAUGAGGAAGAGACAACAUCAAGCAGUCGUAUCUUCAUUAAGAUUCUUUUCCAGGAUCUUGCCGAAGUCCUAGGGAUGCCAAAGCUCCAAGAAAGGCUAAAAGAUAAUAUCCUUCGACCAAGCUUUGAGGGUAUAUUCCCGACCGAUAAUCCUCGCAACACUCGUUUCUCCAUCAAUUAUUUCACAAGUAUUGGAAUGGGUGCGCUCACAGAGGAAAUGCGCGAACUUCUCAAAUCUCUUCCAAAACCGACGAUACCCGCGUUGCCGGCGCCACAAGGCGAUUCCGAAUCCGAAUCCGUGAGCUCAUACUCCAGCUAUUCGUCAUAUACUGGAUCUUCUCGUUCUCGUUCCUAUUCUCGCUCUCCGUCUCCUCGGCCCGCCCGCGACGAAUCAAGAGGCCGCCGCAGAUCUCGCACGCCCGGAUCACGAAGCAUAAGCCGGAGUCGAAGUCAUAGCUUGUCCCAUUCUCGUUCUCCUCAGAGACGUCGUGCUAGACCUACGUCGUACUCUCGAUCCCCAUCUCCUGUCAAGAGAAGAGGAAGGUCGAUCUCUUCAUCUGUGUCGCGCCGUUACACGCCUAGCAGGUCACCUCUGCCUAGCAGACCCCAUCAGCGACAAAUCAGCAAGCGCUCUGUGUCUCGAUCUCUGACUCCACCACGUCGACGAGAGCCUGGCCCUGUUCGUGCAGGCCGUUCCACAGCCCGAGGCUACAACUCUUCGCGGUCACGAUCUCCAUAUCGUCGGCGUAGCCCCAUACGAAGAUAUGACUAUUCAAGAUCCCCAUCCCCAGAUAGAGGGCCUAGACGGAGAGGACGCCCAUCUUCCCGAUCUAUCACUCCACCCCGGCAUAAUCAGAGUAGCAGACGUCGGGAUACCAGACGGGCUACCCCUUCACCCUCGCGCUCGCCAUCACCAUAUCGAAGACCGCGACGGCUAAGGACUGCGUCGCCGCCAAGCUCUCGGUCACUAUCACGGUCAGAGACCCCUCCAUCGCGACCAUAUCGUCUAUCAAGCCGUAGUCGACGAAGGGACCGUUCUCAAUCUCGGUCGGCGCUGCCUACUCGACCUUCGGGCCGUGCCCGAGCAUCAGAUUUCCUAUGA